CCCUGUCCGUCAUGAAUCCGUCGCCGCUACAGUCGCCCAAGGCGACGCCUACACAGAACAACCCUGAAGGAGAGACGUCAGAGAUCCCGUCGCAAUCGUUGGCUUUUGGAGGAACUUCCUACAGCGCGGCCGACAAGCCCCGCCCCCUGCCCAUUCGCUUCCACAGCUCUGACGACAACAACCCCGCUCGAAGAACUUCUGUGCAGUUUAUGCCGAAUGUCAGAGUUGCUGGAGGAGCCACCGAAGCUAGCCGCAGCCGCAGUCGUAGGCCAAUACCCAUCAAGGAGACCUCGGCCACCAGGCGACUUAGCAGUCCUCCUCCACCUACCCGACCACCACAAGCAUCGCCUCCCCUUACAUGGCCCUUCAAACCUCGUGUCUCUUUCGACACAUUCGACAACCGCGACGCCUCUGAUUUCUCGCUGACGCUGAGUCGCAAGCAUCGCGAAUAUGAAUACACCAAGCGCUCGCGUACCUUCCUCUGCGGCACUGAUACCAACGACUACUCCGACACUGCUCUAGAAUGGUUGAUUGACGAGCUUGUCGACGACGGCGACGAAGUCGUCUGUUUAAGAGUGGUUGAGAAGGACAGCAAAGAAGCAGCUAAGUGGGCUGGUGGCGGAAGCGACAGAGGAGGCAGAGAGCGCAGCUACCGCAAGGAGGCUAAUCGCAUGCUCGAGCGUAUCGAAGAGAAGAACACCGAGGACAAAGCUAUCAACAUCAUUCUGGAAUUUUCUAUCGGCAAAGUCCAGGACACGAUUCAGCGCAUGUUAUAUGCUCGGACACACGAACUGACCAACAUACCAGNNAUCAGGAUUUACGAACCUGCCAUACUAGUCGUCGGUACAAGAGGUCGAUCACUAGGAGGCUUCCAAGGCCUGUUGCCAGGUUCAGUGUCCAAAUACUGUCUUCAACACUCGCCCGUUCCCGUCAUCGUCGUACGUCCCUCGUCCAAGCGCGACAAGAAGAAGCGGCAGAGACUUGAAGAUCCCACUCGCCGUGGCUACCGCGACAUUCUCGACAAGAGCGACAAUGCUGGCGCAAAUGGCGCAGGCUAUACCCUGGAUCCACUACAUCGCUUGAGCAUCAUGCCUAGCGAUGGUCUAGGAGCUCUGCCCGAACUGGAACCGCGUGAUGCCGAGGAAGAAGCCCGUAUGGUUGCCGAGGCCAUUGGCUACCGUCCGGAUCAGAUUGCAGCAGAUGGAGAGCCCCUUAGUCGCGUGACCUCCGCCCGCUCAGACGUUAGUCGCCGCAGCGGCCGCAGUGCUCGCAGUGGCAGUUUCGGCAGCACCCGUAGCGAAAGUCCCGAGACUCUGCGUUCUCCUUCGCGUGGCUUGAUACAAUCACCACAGCUACGCGCAGUCCCCGAUUCUGGCGCCGAGACAUCUGAAUUCGAUGACUCGGACGACGAGCGUGACUCCAGCGCCGCACAGCCACACUCGGCGUACCACGAAGCGCAGGAACGCGCUUUGAUGGAAGCAAGAGAAAGAGCACUCAAAGCCGAAGAGGAAGAGAAGGAAAGAGAAAGACAGACCAAAGAGAAGAAGGAGAACGCGAGGUCUGGAGGUGGUGGCGGAGUACUGGAUCUGCUGGAUCAGUUGGGAGGCGGAAGUGACGAGCCAAAGGGCUCCACCAGAGGCAAGAAGUCGAGAUACCCCAUUCCA